AUGGACGAGACCACCGCCCUCCUCGGCAGCCAGUCGCCGCCUAAUGAUGCCCGAGUGCCGCCAUCAUGUCGAGGACGGAAACCACAGACUAUUGUGCUUCUCUUGUCCCUCCUCGUCCUUUUCCUGUCCUGCUCCGACUCUCUGAGCGCUGUCCCCUCGACCAGGCUACUCGAGGACGCCAUUUGUCGUCGCUACACCGUCCGCAAUGCCACGGAAGCUCCCAUCGACGAGCAAUCAUGCAAGGCAGACUCAGUCCAGUCCGAGCUUGCCUAUUUGAAAGGCCUCAUGGACACCCUCGAGGCCGCCAUUGGUCUGCUGGUUGCCUUCCCAUACGCCGCCCUUUCCGACAAGAUCGGACGAAAACCCAUCUUGCUACUCUUCAUUACCGGCUACUUCCUCUCCUCGGCAUGGAACGCCCUUGUCAUUUACCGCUCAGAGACGCUGCUCCCCCAUACCGUCCUCUUUUCGCCGGCAUUCUUUCUCAUAGGUGGCGGGAGAUGCGUCGUCAUCUCUGCCCUCCACUCCGCCGUAUCCGAUGUGACGACUGAUGACCACAGGGCAUCGGGGUUUCUCGCCAUCAUGUUUGGGACCCUGGCGGGGUCCUUUAUUGGACCUGUCGUAUCGUCGGGUCUCAUGCAAAUCACCUCUCCAUGGGUUCCAUACCUCAUUAGCUUCGGCAUCAUGCUUCUUGGAGCGGCCAUGCUGCUGCUGAUUCCCGAGACGUUGUCCCCGAGAAAGCUAGAUGCGGACAAGCAAGAGCCCAUCGACGACACAACCAGGUCCAUGCUCAACUGGCACCUUCGACGUUGUGUCGCACAGCUCAAGGAGUCGCUCGACUUGCUGAGGCAGCCCGCCUUGGCCGUCCUCCUCGUCACCUUCCUUGCCCCCAUGCCCAUGAUGGCGGCAACAAGUCAGUUUUUUGUCCAGUACGUCAGCAAGCGCUUCGAAUGGUCGCUCGCUGCCGCCGGCUACCUGCUCUCUCUCCGCGGGACCGUCAACAUGCUGCUUCUGCUCGUCAUCCUGCCGGGCCUCUCCACGAUGCUCCUGUCGCGAGCCACGGCCAAGGGACGGUCUGGAGCCGCCAAGGACCGCGUCCUCGCCCAGUCCUCCGCCGUCGCCCUCACGCUUGGCUGUCUGCUCAUGGCCAGCGACCGCAUCUACGUCGUCGUCACCGGCCUAGUCGUCAACACGCUUGGCGCCGGACUAGCGGCCGUGUGCAGGUCCUUGGCCGCCUACCUCGUCAGCGCCCACCACACGGCUAAGCUGCAGACCCUGAUCGGCAUGACCGAGGCGCUAGGCUCGCUCUUCGCUGGCCCUGCCCUGGCCGGCAUGCUCUCUGCCGGCAUGAAGAGCGAGGGCGCUUGGAUGGGGCUGCCAUAUCUUGGCCUGGCCGCCUUUCUCUCCCUAACCACCCUGCUACCUCUUUUCUUUGUACGUUUCCCUGCAGGGCUGACAGCCCAGGCCUCCGAUGACGACACCGACCCCGCGUUUGCUUGCGCGCGGGGUCUGGACGGAGGCUGCCCCUUGGGAUCUCACUGCCCUGGACAUGCACCCUUUGGCUCUGCGGCUUGA